AUGCCGGUACUCGACGGGCUACGACAUGGCGAGCCGGUUGACGGUAGCCCUAGUCCAUCAAACAAUGCUCCUCGAGAGAAGAUUGUGGUUGUUGGAUUGGGCAUGGUUGCCAUCUCAUUUAUUGAGAAAGUCAUCAAACAAGACACAGAUCGGAAAUAUGACAUCGUCGUGAUUGGAGAAGAGUCUCAUGUAGCAUACAAUCGCGUGGGACUUUCAACAUUCUUUGAACAUCGCAAGAUUGAAGAUCUAUACCUCAAUCCGAAAGAAUGGUACGAUUCAUUCCAAGAAAGAGCUUUCGACCACCAUCUUAACACACGAGUCACCGAAAUCAAUCCCGCAAACAAAACAGUCCAGACAUCAACAGGUGAAAUAAUUUCCUAUGAUAUACUCGUCCUAGCCACAGGAUCCGACGCAACCCUUCCCACGCGGACACCGGGCCACGAUGCCAAUGGAGUCUUUGUAUACCGCACUAUCUCAGAUCUAGAAAGGCUGAUCGACUUCGCUUCCAAGCACAAAGGCGAAACGGCCGUUACGGUCGGUGGUGGUCUGCUUGGACUUGAAGCUGCAAAGGCGAUGACUGACUUGGAGGACUUCGGGAAUGUCAAGUUAAUCGAUCGUAAUAAAUGGGUGUUGGCGCGACAACUUGAUGGUGAUGCAGGAUCGCUGGUGACGCGCAAAAUCCGGGAACUGGGACUCGACGUCCUUCACGAGAAGCGAGUGAAAAUUGUUCACACCGAUGACGGGAAUAAUGUUGUUGGAAUCACCUUUGAGGAUGGGGAGAGCAUUGAUUGCUGCUGCAUCUGCUUUGCGAUUGGUGUUCAGCCCCGAGAUGAACUCGGUCGCGAGAUUGGCAUCCAGUGCGGCGAGCGGGGAGGAUUCGUGAUUGACGAGAAUCUGCAGACAACCAUUUCGGACAUCUAUGCUGUCGGAGAAUGCGCAAGUUGGGAGAACCAGACAUUCGGAAUCAUUGCGCCAGGCAUUGAAAUGGCGGAUGUGCUCGCCUUCAAUCUCACAAACCCCUUAAAAGCACAGAAAAGCUUCACCCGACCAGAUCUCAGCACCAAGUUGAAACUGCUUGGAGUGGAUGUCGCGAGCUUCGGCGAUUUCUUCGCUGACAGAGAUGGACCAAAAUUCCUCCCUGGUCGCCGGCCAUCGGCUGUUCCUGGCUUCGAAGAACCUUUGCGUGAUGAACCUGUCAAGGCUUUGACAUACAAAGAUCCGUUUGCUGGCGUAUACAAGAAGUACCUAUUCACCAUGGAUGGCAAGUUCUUACUUGGAGGCAUGAUGAUCGGUGAUACCAAGGACUAUUUGAAGUUGAAUCAGAUGGUGAAACUACAGAAAGAGCUCGAAGUUCCUCCGAGUCAGUUCAUCCUUGGUGCACAGAGCGGUGGUGAAGAGAAUGCAGAUGACCUUGAUGAUAGCACACAGAUCUGCUCCUGCCACAAUGUCACCAAAGGCGACGUGGUCGAGAAUGUAAAGAAUGGGACCUGCACAUCCAUCGCGCAGGUCAAGUCUUGUACCAAGGCUGGCACAGGAUGCGGUGGUUGUAUGCCGCUAGUCCAGUCAAUCUUCAACAAGACGAUGUUGGACAUGGGACAGGAGGUUUCCAACAACCUGUGCUCCCACAUCCCCCAUUCCCGAGCUGAUCUAUACAACAUCGUGGCAAUCAAGCAGUUGAAAACAUUCGUCGAUGUAAUGAAAGAGGUCGGAAAGAACCCAGAUUCUCUCGGCUGCGAACUCUGCAAGCCCGCAAUCGGAUCGAUUCUGUCCAGUUUAUUCAACCCUCACGUCAUGGACAAGGGUUACAAUGACUUGCAGGACACCAAUGACAAAUUCCUUGCCAAUAUCCAGAGAAACGGCACAUUUUCCGUCGUGCCUCGCAUUCCUGGUGGAGAAAUCACAGCCGAUAAGCUCAUUGCUAUUGGAUCUGUGGCCAAGAAGUAUGGUCUCUAUUGCAAGAUCACUGGAGCUCAGCGUAUCGACAUGUUCGGAGCGAAGAAGUCGGAUCUUCUCAAUAUCUGGACUGAACUUGUGGAUGCUGGCAUGGAGAGUGGACAUGCAUAUGCAAAGGCCCUCAGAGCAAUCAAGAGUUGUGUCGGAACCACAUGGUGUCGCUUUGGUGUCGGUGACAGUGUCGGCAUGGCGAUUCGCUUGGAAGAGCGAUACAAAAGUAUUCGCGCACCACACAAGUUCAAGGGAGCUGUGUCUGGCUGCGUGAGAGAGUGUGCAGAGGCUCAGAACAAGGAUUUCGGUUUGAUCGCCACCGAAAAGGGCUUCAACAUCUUUGUUGGUGGUAAUGGAGGCGCAAAGCCCAGACAUGCCGAGCUUCUCGUCACAGAUGUGCCACCAGAAAUGGUCAUGCCUAUCAUCGACCGCUAUCUCAUCUUCUACAUUCGUACUGCGGACAAACUUCAGCGAACCGCAAGAUGGAUUGAAAACCUCCCCGGCGGUAUCCAUUACCUCAAAGAGGUAAUUGUCGAGGACAAACUCGGUAUUUGUGCCGAUAUGGAGAGACAAAUGCACGAACUCGUCGACAGCUACUUCUGCGAAUGGACCGAGACAGUCAACGACCCUAAACGUCGCAAAGUCUUCCAGCAAUUCGCAAACACUGAAGAAACUGUCGACACAGUCGAGGUUGUCCAGGAAAGAUCUCAACAGCGCCCAACAUACUGGCCGAAAGACUCCACAGAACAACAGGAUUUCAAAGGUCACCAGUGGUCAAGUACAUCUUGGCAACCAGUUGUUCGUGCAGAUCACUUCUCCGAUGAGCCACCGCAGGUUUCUUCGGCUAACGUCAAGCGCGGAGAUACACAGCUUGCAGUCUUCAAGAUUAAGGGCAAGUACUAUGCGACUCAACAGAUGUGUCCCCACAAGCGAGCAUUUGUUCUCUCUGAUGGUCUUGUUGGUGAUGAUGAUGCGGGCAAGUACUGGGUCUCGUGUCCGUAUCACAAACGAAACUUUGACCUCAAUGGCGAGCAAGCUGGCAGGUGCUCCAAUGAUGAGAGUAUGAACAUUGCUACAUUCCCUGUUGAGGAAAGGGAUGAUGGAUGGGUUUAUAUGAAGCUCCCGCCCAUUGUGGAAUUGGAUAAUGUUUUGGGGACGGAGAAGUGGAAGGUUCGGAAGGGGGAGAGUGAAGAUCCGUUCCAUAAGGUUGAUAAGAAGUUCAAGGGGAUGAAGGGGAAGAAGGCUUCCGAUGGGGACAUUGUCACUCGUGCCCCAGCUGUGCAGCCAGCGAAGUCUAUUGACUGGUAG